GCUGGUUGUGCAGCAGUGGACACUGUCCUCCAAACUUAACCUUCCAAAUCUCGGUUUUAAUAUUCUACUAAUGUGAUUUUAAACAAGGUGUCCGUGGUUAACCAAAGCCAUCUCUCCUGUUGUGCCUCUAUACAAUGGCAUCGUCUUCCUAUUUGUGUUGGCCAACUUCAGCAUGGCCACCUUCAUGGAUCCUGGAGUCUUUCCCAGAGCGGAUGAGGACGAAGACAAAGACGAUGAUUUCCGAGCUCCGCUUUAUAAAAACGUAGAGAUAAAGGGAAUUCAGGUUCGGAUGAAGUGGUGUGCCACGUGCCACUUCUACAGACCUCCUCGCUGCUCACACUGCAGUGUGUGUGACAACUGUGUGGAGGAGUUUGACCAUCACUGCCCAUGGGUGAACAACUGCAUAGGCCGGAGGAAUUAUCGUUACUUCUUCUUGUUUCUGCUGUCUCUAAGUGUUCACAUGGUGGGCGUGUUUUCCUUUGGCCUGCUGUUUGUCUUACACCACCUUGAGAGACUGAGUGCGCUCCACACCACUGUGACUCUUGUGGUUAUGUGUGUGACUGGCCUGUUCUUCAUCCCUGUUUUGGGCCUCACUGGAUUCCACAUGGUUCUCGUAGCCAGAGGACGGACCACAAACGAACAGGUGACAGGAAAGUUCCGAGGAGGAGUGAAUCCAUUCACCCGGGGUUUCCGUGGCAACGUGAAACACGUCUUAUGCAGUCCGCUUGCUUCUAGGUACUUCACUGAUCCCAGGAAAAAAAUUCCCAUCAUCAUGAAACCACCAUUCAUCCGCCCUGACCUCUCUAACCGACACAUCAGUGUAAAAGUCAGUGAUAAUGGUAUCCAUAGUAACAUCCUGCGAAGCAAAACCAGUCUGGAUGGUAUGGGUGAUAAAAGUAUAGAUACACAACCGCCUCUGCCGCCCAAAGCAGAACGCUACAACCAGCUCAAGAGUCAACUCACCUCCAGCGAAGGCAAUUCCCUGUCCAGCAAACCGACUAAUCCGUCCACCCCGGCCAUGUACAAAUACCAACCUUCCUUCAGUACCAUGCCUAAAGUGCACUAUCACGCAACCGGAGAGAAGAUUAUAAUGUCUGAGAAUGGUAAGCCCUCUGCAGUUUUGGAGGAGAGAGGUCACGAUUACCGUUCAGAGCCGAAUCUGGAUUUGCCAGACUUCCGCAGCACUCCUCUCCACCGAACUUACCAAUCCUCACCUUUCCAGCUGGACUCUUUCAGCACCACAUCUCGCUCAUUCAGUCUCAAACAGGGAGUGAACAGGGCUGACCAGAUGCCACUGGGUGGCAGCAAACCACAAGCGGUCAUUUCCACCACUCACAAAGGAGUCUUCUCCCCUGGGACAUUAUCUGGCCGCAAUGGCAGCCUAUCCUACGAUAGCUUGCUAAGACCCAGCAUUGUGCCAGCUUUGGGCGAGUGCGCUGCCCACCCGGGAGUGCCCUCUAUGGGUUUUCAUUCACCCUACUUGCCUACUAAAACGUGUCAUGUGCGUGGGCCUGAGCUUCAGCGGUACAUCGGUCCGCCAUCCUAUAGUCCUGUUCACGUAGGAGCGAUGUACGGGCGGCAGUCACCACUCUCAAGAGACCGAGAUCCCUCGCCCGUCCGCUACGACAACCUCUCCAAAACCAUCAUGGCCUCCAUUCAGGAGAGAAAGGAGCUAGAAGAGAGGGAGAAACUCAUGCAUCGGCACGCACAAGCACCGGUGGCCUAUGCCAAUGAUUCAGGUGUGUUUGACACCUGCGGUGGAGCCGCCUAUGGACUCCCACCUGGGACAUGCUACCCCAAUGGCCCUAGAGGCCCCGGAUCCCGAGAGCAUACCCCUCCUGUGUGCGGCUCUCGGGAUAAUUUGAUGGGAGUUGGGGUAGUGGGAUAUGCUCCCCAAACACCUGUUCUGCAUUCCUCUGCAUCCUCGCUCGCCAGAGUGCCAAGGACUUCCAAUACGUCCCUCCACACUGAUGGAGGCAGUGCAAGCAAGACAGCCGAACACCAGUACAGCUCUCCGGUGCACCAGACACAUCACUCCCCAACAUCUGUGCCCCGUUCCCCAUCAUAUGCGCAUCAGAAGGUCGCCUUCAUUAGUGCUCUGGAGAGGGCAGACUCACCACAUCUGGAUACAAGAGAGGACCUUGGUCAAUGUAAAGUGAAUGGGCAACUAAAGGGCCAAGCACGUGACUGCCAUCUAGGGACUCCUUCUGGAACUCCCAGCAGACACACCAAUGUCAAAAAGGUCACAGGAUUGGGUGGAACUACAUAUGAGAUUUCUGUUUGACGGACAGCUUGAAGAGCCACUACCUGUGAGGAACAGCACUGCCAUGGCAACACCACCUCCACUUGUGCUCUAGAGAAUUAGGUUUCUUUCUUUUCAGUUUUUUUUUUUUAUAAUCUUCAAACAGAUUGAUCAGGAGACAUGUUAUCUGGUGCAGUUCAAUUGGAAAA